AUGGGCAGCGCCAGCCCAGGCCUGAGCAAUGUGUCCCCCAGUUGCCUGCUGCUGUCCCCAGAUGUGGCACUUCGGACAGGAGUGGAGAAGGCAGCGUCAGGAGCAAUGGGCCCCGAGAAGCAGGAAUGGAGUCCUAGUCCACCCGCCACCCCGGAGCAGGGCCUGUCUGCCUUCUACCUCUCCUACUUCAACAUGUACCCCGAGGAUGGCAGCUGGGUCGCCAAAGUCCCCGAGGCCAGUGCCAGGGAGGACCACCCGGAGGAGCCUGAGCAGUGUCCGGUCAUCGACAGCCAGGCCUCUGGGAGCACACUGGAUGAGCACUCCCUAGAGCAGGUGCAGUCUAUGGUGGUGGGCGAGGUCCUGAAAGAUAUCGAGACGGCAUGCAAGCUACUGAACAUCACUGCAGAUCCUGGGGACUGGAGCCCUGGUAACGUGCAGAAGUGGCUUCUAUGGACAGAACACCAGUACCGGCUGCCUCCAGCAGGCAAGGCUUUUCAGGAGCUGGGCGGCAAAGAGCUGUGCGCCAUGUCUGAGGAGCAGUUCCGCCAGCGCGCACCCUUGGGUGGGGAUGUACUGCAUGCCCACCUGGACAUCUGGAAGUCAGCGGCCUGGAUGAAGGAGAGGACCUCGCCUGGGGCCCUUCACUACUGCGCCUCCACCAGCGAGGAAGGCUGGACGGAUGGUGAGGUGGAUUCGUCGUGCUCCGGGCAGCCCAUCCACCUGUGGCAGUUCCUCAAAGAACUGCUGCUCAAGCCCCACAGCUAUGGCCGCUUCAUCCGCUGGCUCAACAAGGAGAAAGGUAGAAUCGGCUGGGACUCCAUUCACCAAAGCGGGGAGAGGUGGGGUGUGCGUAAGAACCGGCCGGCCAUGAACUACGAUAAACUAAGCCGCUCCAUCCGCCAGUAUUACAAGAAAGGCAUCAUUCGCAAACCCGAUAUCUCUCAGCGCCUCGUCUACCAGUUUGUACAUCCGGUCUGA